UUCACCGUUCACCUCUUCAGGAGACUGAUUUAGUCGGGCACAGGUUCACCUUAGCCGGACGAGCUUCAAAGCACGCGAUAGAAAACGAUUCGGUGACCGUAAUUUUCACCUGUCGAGUUUCACUUCUAACCUGAAUUCAACGACUGUGGGCUUGCUUGAAGCAGUAGUGCGUCCGCUGCUCCCAAAGCACACAUUUUCUUGGCCGAAGGAUACGGGUUUCGAAGAGAGCAGAAUUAUUCACUGUCGAGAUUUUCAUAGAGAACAUGUUCUAAUCUCCUCGGUAUUGUCGGCAUUAUCGGUUGCCAAAGGUUCGUUACAUAAACGCGACAAAAGUUUGGACGACACAGCUCAAUCAACCGGCGUCACAUGUACAGCCCGGAAAUAUUCAAAGUACUCUCGCUCUACACGUUGUCAUGAGUAUAAACUUUUAAUAAUCACCUCAAAAAGACAAUAUCAUUCGAGAAAACCGGUAUAAAUACCGGGAACAUAAUCAAGAAAGCUACGCAGAAUUCCUAGAAGUCCGAUCCACAACAUCGUGCAUUAUGUGGCCCAAAGACGUUGGUAUCAAGGCGAUAGAAGUAUACUUCCCUGCUCAGUACGUCGAGCAAACAGAACUGGAGGAAUUCGAUGGAGUACCAGCCGGAAAGUACACCAUUGGACUGGGACAAUCCCGGAUGGGUUUCUGCAACGAUCGUGAAGAUAUUAAUUCGUUGUGUCUGACCGUGGUGCAGAGGUUGAUGGUUAGGUACGACAUAAAACCAAAGAAUGUCGGUAGAUUAGAAGUUGGAACGGAAACCAUAUUAGACAAAAGCAAAUCAGUAAAAUCUGUCCUUAUGCAGUUGUUUGCACCACAUGGCUGCACGGACAUAGAAGGAGUGGAUUCUACCAAUGCUUGUUACGGAGGUACCGCAGCUCUUUUGAAUGCUGUAGCAUGGGUAGAAAGCAGUGCUUGGGAUGGUAGACUGGCUCUAGUUGUUGCAGCUGACAAUGCUGUAUACGCUGCUGGAAGUGCUAGACCAACUGGUGGUGCAGGAGCUAUUGCCAUGGUGGUUGGUCCAGAUGCACCAUUAGUGAUUGAUCGCGGAGUAAGAUCAUCGUACAUGCAACACGAAUAUGACUUCUAUAAACCAAAUCUGAAAUCGGAAUAUCCUGUUGUAGAUGGACAAUUAUCAAUUCGAUGUUACCUUGGUGCUUUGGAUAAUUGUUAUCAGACUUACUGUGGAAAGGUCAGAAAUAAGUACAAACAAAAUAUAAAUUUAGAUAGCUUUGAUGCAUUCUUGUUUCACUCUCCAUACGGUAAACUAGUGCAAAAGUCAUUUGCUAGAUUAGCCUUUAUUGAUUUCUUGAAUAUGACUAAAGAUGAAAUGUCUCAGAAAUAUCCAGACUUGGUUGAAUUACACAGCAUGAAACUGGAAGAUACUUACUUCAAUGUAAACAUUGAGAAAGCAUUUAUGACUUUGAGUAAAGCAGCCUUUACUCAAAAAACUCAACCUUCAUUGUUUAUAUCGAAUUUGGUAGGAAAUAUGUAUACUCCUUCUGUAUAUUCUGGAUUAGUGUCCUUACUUAUUAAUAAACCCAUAAAAGAAUUAGCAGGCUAUAAAGUUGGGUUGUUUUCUUAUGGUUCAGGACUUUGUUCCACUAUGUAUUCAAUAACAAUAACGAAAGAGAUAGGAGCAGAUUCCAAGUUGAUGCAAAUUAUCUCGUCUCUUUCUUAUGUAAAAAAAGAGCUGGAUGCCCGUCAGAAAGUUUCCCCUGCUGAUUAUACAAAGGUAUUGGAAUGGAGAGAACAAAAUUGUCAUACCGUGCCAUUCAGUCCCAAGAGUAGUAUUACCAAUAUGUUCCCAGGAACAUAUUAUCUUGUUGAAAUAGAUGAAAAAUAUAGAAGGACUUAUAAGACGGUAUGAAACUUUGAAUAGUUUUUUUGUAUAUUUAGAUAACUGUUAGAUAAUUAACUUAACAUGGUAACAGUGGACUAAU